UAGUGAAGAUGCAGCUCUUUAUCUCUGUGCUGUUGGUGUUGGGCUUUCAAAUCAGCUUAUCUGAAGUUGUAAAUUUCAGUGAAUGUAGCGAGUUUUUCCAUAAAGGAAAGCCUCCGGUGAUUACUGGCAUCCUGGAGAAUUCACGCUCCAAGGAUAGUUACAAAACGAUCUGUCAAAAAUAUAACAACAAGUACAGAUUUGCGACACUCUACGAAACAACAAACAGGUCCCCUGUUUUCUCAGCUUACAAAUACACAAAGAGAGAAGAAUUCACAAGACCAGCGAAUGAAUGGAUGGUUGAGCCUCAGCUCGAACCUUCUGAUGGUGAGAUGAGUUUGCCAUACGUGAAUCAGGCAACCACUGAAGACUACUGGGGUGACAAUUAUAAGCUGAAUCAUGGUCACUUGUUUCCCUGCUGUCAUGCAAUGGAUGAAGACACUGCUAAAUCUACAUUCACGCUGACCAACAUUGUACCACAGAGUGUAAGCUUUAAUAAAGGCAGUUGGAAUCACAUGGAAAGAAAGACUAGAGAUGACAUGGAUAAAUACUGCCGUGACAGAAAGGACAGUAAUAGAGUCUUGGCUCAUGUCCUGACAGGAGCUGUACCUGGCAACAAUAAACUGAAUAAGAGAGUGAACGUUCCCUCACACAUGUGGAUGGCAUUUUGCUGCUAUAACAGUUCAAAAACAUCAUUGGUUUCCCAGGCUUAUUGGGCCCAAAAUAAAGAAGAAAACUUUGAUGGCAAAACUAUCGAUGAAAAGAGCCUGCAGGAAUUACAGGAAUUUCUCAGAACGCAAUGGAAAAAAAACGUAUUGCUGUUUGACAACAAUUGUUCUGUUUAAACAUUAGAGAUCUGUGACAAAAUAAUUUUGCAUGCCAAGGAUGCAAAGAUGUAUCAGCUGCCCAUAUUUAUUGGUCAAUUAUUGACUAAAUUAAAACCAUUGGCAACUUGGUUAAAAGCAUAAAAAUGCUGAUAUGAAAAGAAUGGUCAAUUUAUAAUGAAUGAGUAAUAAACUCUGUGAAUUCAAGUGCAUAAUCCAGAAAUAAUAAUAUAGAAUUUUUAGUCUUUCUCAUUCUCACAUUAAUGCAGAAAAACAAAGCAAUAAACGGCCUUGCCCAACAUAUGCAUAGUAUGACUUUGUAAUGUUGUAUCCAAUACAGCACCUAUAAAAUGUGAGUUCUGUUGUACUGUAUAUUGUUGCAUUGCAUAUUUUAACUGUAAAGUGCUUUUUACAACACACAUAGCUCAAAACAGCUUCACAGAAAAUGAUUCUGUAAUGUAUGUAAUGUCUUUAAGCUCUCAAUGAGCAGUUUCAUUGAAGAAUUGGAUUAAAAGCAUGCCUUUAAUAUGUAUUGUCUUUAGGUUCCCAAUGAGAAAGUCAAAGGUGACUGUGGCAAGGAACACAACACUUGACAAACAGAUGCACAAAAAGGUUUUAGAAGUACAAUAAACUAUUAUUAUUAUUUUCUUAUCAAUCAUCAUGUUAUCAUAUUUAGGUAUCGGCUGUAAAAAUCCUGAUUGGAGUAUCCCCACUGUCUGGU